AUGAGCCAGCAACAGCCGAGGAGAGAGGACCGGGGCGUCGAAUACGGGGACGUGUUCCCCGUGGCCGGCGGCCUCGCCGGGCAGGCGGUAGCCCCGCGGGACGCCGCCAUGAUGCAGUCGGCCGAGAACGUGGCGCUCGGCCAGACCCAGCCCCGCGGCCCCGCCGCCGCCAUGCAGUCCGCCGCUGCCGUCAACGAGCGCACCGGCAUCGUCGCCCACGACGAGGUCAGCGAGAUCCCUCGCGACCAGGGCGUCACUGUCACUGAGACCCGCGUCUCCGGCGCCCGCAUCGUUACCGAGUUCGUCGCCGGACAGGCGGUGGGACAGUAUGUGGUGGGCGAUGCUGAUGUAGUAGUAGGAGGCGGAGGAGACGACUGGGACGCAGAGAAGAUAACGAUAGGGGAGGCGCUGGCGGCGACGGCGAGGACGGUGGGCGACCAGCCGGUGGAGAAGAGCGACGCAGCGGCAAUCCAGGCCGCCGAAGCCAGGGCUACAGGGCUGAACGUCACGUUUCCCGCGGGUGUUGCUGCAGAGGCGCAGGCCGCAGCCGACGCCAACGUCUGGGCAGACAACGACGCGACCAAACUCUCAAUUGGCGACGUCCUCUCGGAUGCGGCGGAUAAGAUGCCGGCGGACAAGCCCGUGGAGCGGGACGACGCUGCGAGGGUGGCGGAUGCGGAGACGCGUAACAGGCCAAAUGCAACAGCGAGGCCCGGAGGAGUGGCCGCGUCGAUGGCGGCUGCAGCCCGGCUCAAUCGAGAUGCCGCUUGAAGCUAGUACUGCAGCAUGCAACUC